AUGUCGAGGGAGAAGAACCCGGGCGACGACAACUGGCGGCGGCUGCAGGAGGGUGGCCCGUCUGCAAAGGCCCACGUGCCAGGCCGGUGGCGGCAGGGUUGGCUCGUACUGGGCGUCAGUGCGGCGCUGCUGGCGUCCCUCUAUCUGGCCAGCGCUGGCGUCCCUCUGGUGGCCGGGCUUAGCGGCGGGAGCCGCCAGAGUUCGGCGGGAGGGGACGAGUCGCCGCCGCCAUUCGACCUCUACGCGGUCGGAAACUGGAUCCUCGCCGGCAUCACAGACAACCUGUCGGACGGUGCGGUCCUCGAGGCGACGCCCGACGGAUCCCUCCGCUUCGUCGUCGUCGCCACGGGCGGGCCAUCGCUCGCCGCCGUCUACCCGCUGACGAACUUUGUGGACACGGAGGGCGUGGCGCUGCUCCGCGGGCGAGCCGUCGUCCUCGCCGAGGAGCGGAGCGGCGCACUUGUGGAGGUGCACCAGACGGGGUACGGAAGUGACCUUACCCAGACGGCGGGCGGAGUGGAGGGAGUGACGUACUCCCCCGGCGAGGACGCCUUCUACUUUCUCAAGGAGAAGGAACCCGCGCUGGCCCUGCGGAUGGACCGCCAGCCGCCGAACGCCAAGCGGCUCCUCGCCACCGUGACGUCGGUCGGAGACGUCGCGGGCAUCUCCCACGUCCCGGGCGCAGGUCCGGGUACAGACGGCGACCGCCUCCUCGUCAUCUCGGACAAGUCGAAGCAGGUGCUGCUCAUGCGACCCGACGGCACUCUUGUUGGACCGCCCCUCGCCCUCUCGGUCCCCACAAAGUCCAAGCCGGAGGGCAUCAGCAUCCUGCCCCUCGAAGCCGGCCCCCGGGACUGCUUCCUGACCUUCUCCGAGCCCGCCAUCCUCCAGAAGUAUUGCGGGCCAGAGUGACGGGAGCAGGCGGUGAAUUCGCCCCCCCCUCCCCUCUCCGCGCGGCAGAGUUGAGAGUAUCGCGCCUUACGACACAGCUAAUGCACGUGCACAUGCGCCCCCUCCCACAAACAAGCUGUGGUGCGUGCUCCUUGUGCUGAGCUGAGAGUGUACUGACCACUGUCUUUGACGUCCCUGUUACCCUGAUGAUUAAAGAUUUUUAUAACUUUC